AUGAUCUCCAAAACAAAAAAAACGUCCAUGCGUCCCGUUGAAUUGGGAAAAUUAGAAAAAGAACCUCCGCCCCCUCUCUCCUCAUCUCUUUUCGUCCCCGAAAAAGGAUCCCCUUUUUCUCCUCCUAACCCUUGGGAUCCGUUUGGUGAGGGAGUUGCGCCUUUUUCACUUUUGAGUCAUGAUACUUCUUUAUUCUGUGUGAACCUAGUACUUACUGGUUGUCGUCACGGCGAGCGCUUCGUUACUUCAUCGCAUUCCCUCAUUGCUUCCCCCCCGUUCGUCGCUUCCCACCCGCUCACCACUCCUUUUGGCACAGCCUCCAUGACCCUGUCGGUCGCGACCGACUCUAAUCGUCAGCAGCCAGAUACUACUACCUGGCCAAUACUUCUGCCUACCUUCUUCUAA